AAGUCAAAAACUUAUCAGCAAUCAACAUUUUCCAGCUCUGAAUUUCUCCUGUCUGGUUGAGUUAUUUACUAAUAUGGCGAUGCUUUUAUAAAUUAAUUUAUUUUUAAUGUCGUUCUGUAGCAGGUCUCUAUAAGCGAGGCAGAAAUGCGCAUCCCACAGUUCUGCAUAAUAAUCAUAUUGGCAUACUAGAACGAGCGACAUGUUCGGCUCGGAGAUGUUGAUUUUCUUCCUCAGUGAGUGACAGCUGUUGCUUCGAAAGACACUGAAACGUCACUCCACAGGACCACAACCACAGCCCAAUACUACAAUUAAUACCAUCUCCGUACAGAAGAAGAACACGGAAUGACAACUGCGAAUCUGCUGCCAAAGAACGUUUUCUGCAACCCGAAUCUGCAGUUUAUUCAAGGGGAUUUUACAAAACGUUUUUAAAUCCAGGAACAGAAAUAAUAAUUUUAAAAAAGGCUUGCAUUUCAUUCUCCACGACUGGAUAUGAAUUGGGAGAGUUGCUAUGAAACCCAUCUUGUAAAACCAGCACCCGGAUGUUGCUAUAUUAUAAUGUUGGCUAAAACACCCAGGGAUGACUGUUAUUGGAAACGUUUGUCUCAAUAACAUGGGGGUCGGGUGAAGGGGAAAAAAUAUAUAUAUUAUUAUUAUUUUGUUUUUUAAAUGUAUUAAUGAGGAAAGGAGAAUGCAUGAACAAGAGACACGGAAAGAAGGGGCGAAGUAUGCCAGCAGCACCAGAGUUCCUCUCCCUGGUGACGUACCAGGCCUUCAGUCAAACAGCUCCGCACCGCCCAAGUCAACUGCUUUCUCCUGGCAGGCAGCGAUUGAUGCUGCUAGACAGGCCAAGGCUGCACAAACCAUGAGCACCAACACCCCCGCACCUGUCGGAUCUCUAGCCCAAAGAAAACGGCAGCAGUAUGCCAAAAGCAAGAAGCAGGGCAACAGUGCGAACAACAGACCUCCCCGGGCACUGUUCUGUUUAAAUCUCAACAACCCCAUCAGGAGAGCCUGCAUCAGCCUGGUAGAAUGGAAGCCAUUUGAUAUCUUUAUAUUAAUUGCAAUUUUUGCCAACUGCGUGGCCUUAGCUGUUUACAUCCCCUUUCCCGCAGAUGACUCCAAUUCAACGAAUCAUGACCUGGAAACAGUAGAAUAUGCCUUCCUUAUAGUUUUUACAAUUGAAACGUUUUUGAAGAUUUUUGCAUAUGGAUUAGUAAUGCACCAGAAUGCUUAUGUGAGAAACGGAUGGAACAUGCUGGAUUUUAUAAUUGUAGUAGUAGGGUUAUUUAGUGUUGUCUUGGAACAACUAACCAAAGAGGGAGAUGGAGACAACCACUCUGGUGGAAAGCCAGGCGGCUUCGAUGUUAAAGCCCUAAGAGCCUUCCGUGUGCUGCGUCCGCUCCGACUCGUGUCAGGGGUGCCCAGCUUGCAAGUUGUUUUGAAUUCCAUUAUAAAAGCCAUGGUCCCUCUUCUCCACAUUGCCCUAUUGGUGUUGUUUGUAAUCAUAAUCUAUGCCAUAAUAGGACUGGAGCUUUUUAUUGGAAAAAUGCACACAACGUGUUAUAUUUCUGGUACAGAUUUAAUAGCAGAAGAUGAACCAGCACCAUGUGCAGUCUCAGGUGUUGGGCGCCAAUGCCCCAUCAAUGGCACUGUAUGCAAGGAAGGAUGGCAUGGUCCAAACGGAGGCAUCACCAACUUUGACAAUUUUGCCUUCGCCAUGUUAACAGUGUUUCAGUGCAUAACCAUGGAGGGUUGGACUGAUGUGUUAUAUUGGAUGAAUGAUGCCAUGGGAUAUGAGUUACCAUGGGUUUAUUUUGUCAGUCUGGUCAUCUUUGGAUCAUUUUUCGUGCUAAAUCUUGUUCUUGGUGUGUUGAGCGGAGAGUUUUCCAAGGAGAGAGAGAAGGCAAAGGCCCGCGGAGACUUCCAGAAGCUGCGGGAGAAGCAGCAGCUGGAGGAGGAUCUGAAGGGGUACCUGGACUGGAUCACCCAGGCAGAGGACAUCGACCCUGAGAACGACGAGGAUGGCGACGAAAAGAACAACCGCAAACCGGUUACUCUGGCUGACUUAAUGGAAAAGAAGAAAGGAAGGCUUGGUUGGUUCAGCCAUUCAACUGAUACACAUGCAAGUAUGCCCACAAGUGAAACUGAAUCUGUAAAUACAGAGAAUGUGAGCGCUGAGGCUGAGAACACAGUGUGCUGUGGAACUCUGUGUCAAAAAAUUUCAAAGUCUAAGUUCAGUCACCGCUGGCGUCGCUGGAACAGGUGCUGCCGCAGGAGGUGCAGGGUUGCGGUGAAGUCCGUCACGUUCUAUUGGCUGGUCAUUGUCCUGGUCUUUCUCAACACGUUAACCAUCUCAUCAGAGCAUUACAACCAGCCCUACUGGCUCACUCUAGUCCAAGAUAUUGCAAACAAGGUUCUCCUGUCCUGCUUCACCUGUGAAAUGUUGGUGAAAAUGUACAGCCUGGGUCUGCAGGCGUACUUUGUCUCGCUCUUCAACCGAUUUGACUGCUUCGUAGUGUGCGGAGGAAUCAUAGAAACAAUAUUGGUAGAGCUCGAAGUCAUGUCACCUCUUGGAAUCUCAGUGUUUCGAUGCGUGCGCCUCUUAAGGAUUUUCAAAGUGACGAGGCACUGGACGUCUCUGAGUAACCUGGUGGCUUCCCUGCUGAACUCCAUGAAGUCCAUCGCCUCCCUGCUGCUACUGCUCUUCCUCUUCAUCAUCAUCUUCUCACUUCUGGGAAUGCAGGUCUUCGGAGGCAAAUUCAACUUCGAUGAAACGCAGACCAAAAGGAGCACCUUCGAUAACUUCCCACAAGCUCUGCUAACGGUGUUCCAGAUUCUCACAGGAGAAGACUGGAACGCUGUGAUGUAUGACGGGAUAAUGGCAUAUGGAGGCCCAUCAUCCUCUGGAAUGAUAGUUUGCAUAUACUUUAUUAUUCUCUUUAUCUGUGGUAACUAUAUCCUUUUAAAUGUCUUCUUGGCUAUUGCUGUGGAUAACUUGGCUGAUGCUGAAAGUCUAAACACUGCGCAGAAAGAGGAAGCAGAAGAAAAACAAAGGAAGAAGAGCGCCAGAAGUGGAAAUUCAGACAAUAAAGAAGAAGAGACACAUGAGGCAAACGCUCCUGAUGCAAAGAUUCCAGUGGAAGAUGAGGAGGAGGACAAGGAUCCCUACCCAGCAGGAGAUGUCCCGGGCGAGGAGGAAGAGGAGGAGCCUGAAGUCCCAGUUGGGCCCCGGCCUCAGAGGCUAUCUGAUCUGACCAUGAAUGAGAAGGUCACCCCCAUCCCUGAGGGCAGCUCCUUCUUCAUCUUCAGCAAGACCAACAUAAUUCGGGUUGGGUGUCACAAGCUCAUUAACCAUCACAUCUUCACAAACCUGAUCCUGGUCUUUAUAAUGCUCAGCAGUGUAUCGCUGGCAGCUGAGGACCCCAUACGCAACUUCUCCGCUCGCAAUAUCGUCCUAGGCUACGCAGAUUAUGUCUUCACUAGUAUGUUUACAUUUGAGAUCGUUUUGAAGAUGACUGCCUUUGGGGCAUUUCUCCACAAGGGGGCGUUCUGCAGAAAUUAUUUUAACUUGCUGGAUUUGCUGGUGGUGGGGGUCUCCCUGGUUUCUUUUGGAAUUCAAUCAUCGGCUAUCUCUGUAGUGAAGAUCCUUCGAGUACUGCGUGUGCUGAGGCCUCUCAGAGCGAUCAACAGAGCCAAGGGACUCAAGCAUGUGGUCCAGUGUGUCUUUGUUGCCAUCCGAACCAUCGGCAACAUUAUGAUCGUUACAACCUUACUGCAGUUCAUGUUCGCUUGCAUUGGAGUACAGCUCUUUAAGGGCAAGUUCUAUCGGUGCACAGAUGAGGCAAAGACAUGUCCUGAGGAAUGCAAGGGAACCUACAUUGUUUAUAAGGACGGAGAUGUGAACCACCCAAUGGUUCGGCAGCGAAUUUGGCACAACAGUGAUUAUAACUUCGACAACGUGCUGACUGCAAUGAUGGCUCUCUUCACUGUCUCCACUUUCGAAGGCUGGCCUGCGCUUUUAUACAAAGCAAUAGACUCCAACGGAGAGAACGUCGGGCCUGUCUACAACAACCGAGUGGAGAUCUCCAUCUUCUUCAUCAUCUACAUAAUCAUCAUCGCCUUCUUCAUGAUGAACAUCUUUGUAGGUUUCGUUAUCGUCACAUUCCAGGAGCAGGGAGAGAAAGAGUACAAGAACUGUGAGCUGGACAAAAACCAGCGCCAGUGUGUGGAAUAUGCCCUCAAGGCCCGGCCUCUGCUCAGGUACAUCCCCAAGAACCCAUACCAGUACAAGUUCUGGUACGUGGUGAACUCCACUGGCUUCGAGUACGUCAUGUUCGUCCUCAUCAUGCUCAACACCCUGUGUCUGGCCAUGCAGCACUAUGGGCAGUCCCCCCUCUUUAACUACGUCAUGGAUAUUCUCAACAUGGUCUUCACUGGCGUCUUCACUGUGGAAAUGGUUUUGAAACUCAUUGCUUUUAAACCAAGGCACUAUUUUACUGAUGCAUGGAACACUUUUGAUGCCUUAAUUGUUGUUGGUAGCGUCGUCGAUAUUGCUAUCACAGAAGUUAAUCCGACAGAAAGCCCCCCAGUGGGAGAGACUGGGAACUCGGAGGACAGCUCUAGAAUCUCCAUCACAUUCUUCCGCUUGUUCCGUGUGAUGCGAUUGGUCAAGCUGCUGAGCAGAGGGGAGGGCAUCCGGACACUCCUCUGGACAUUUGUAAAGUCAUUUCAGGCUUUGCCAUAUGUUGCUCUUCUGAUAGCCAUGUUGUUUUUCAUCUACGCUGUAAUUGGAAUGCAGAUGUUUGGAAAAGUUGCCAUGGUGGACAAUACACAGAUAAACAGAAAUAACAAUUUCCAAACCUUCCCACAGGCUGUUCUCCUGUUGUUCAGGUGUGCUACAGGGGAAGAGUGGCAGGAGAUCAUGCUGGCAUGCCUACCUGGUAAACUCUGUGACCCUGAGUCAGACUAUGGUCCUGGGGAGGAAUUCACAUGUGGAAGCAACUUUGCCAUUAUUUAUUUCAUUACUUUUUAUAUGCUGUGCGCCUUUUUGAUCAUCAACUUGUUUGUUGCUGUCAUCAUGGACAAUUUUGACUAUCUGACACGGGAUUGGUCAAUUCUCGGCCCCCAUCAUUUGGAGGAAUUCAAGAGGAUAUGGUCAGAAUAUGACCCAGGAGCUAAGGGCAGAAUAAAACAUCUCGAUGUGGUCACGCUACUCCGCCGCAUUCAGCCACCACUUGGCUUUGGCAAGCUUUGCCCACACAGAGUGGCAUGCAAGAGAUUAGUAGCCAUGAACAUGCCGUUAAACAGUGAUGGGACUGUCAUGUUCAAUGCCACGUUAUUUGCCUUGGUCAGAACAGCUCUGAAGAUCAAAACAGAGGGUAACCUAGACCAGGCCAAUGAGGAGCUGCGAGCAGUCAUCAAGAAGAUCUGGAAGAGGACCAGCAUGAAGCUGCUGGACCAAGUGGUUCCUCCCGCUGGCGAUGAUGAGGUAACCGUGGGGAAGUUCUAUGCCACCUUCCUGAUACAGGACUACUUUAGGAAAUUCAAGAAACGUAAAGAGCAAGGCCUUGUGGGGAGACUUCCAUCAAAGAACAGCACCGUGGCUUUACAGGCUGGUCUCCGGACGCUGCAUGAUAUUGGGCCUGAGAUUCGACGAGCAAUAUCAUGUGACCUGCAAGAUGAAGAUGUUAUAGAUGUUAAUCCUGAGGAAGACGAGGAUAUCUAUAGGAGAAAUGGUGGCCUCUUUGGCAACCAUGUGACUCAUGUCAAUGGCAGUGGCAGCAGAGGGAACUCCGCACAACAGACCAACGCCACACAGCGCCCUCUGCAGGUCAAGACACCAGCGUUUGAUACUGAGAGGCGGACUCUGUCCAGCAAAACUGAGAACUCCCUGUCUCAUAACCAUCACAACCACAACUCGGUCUCAAAGACAUCACCAAACUCCACCAAUGCCAACCUCAACAAUGCCAACAUGUCCCUCAUUCCUAAUGGAAAACACCAUGGCCAUCGGAGCCACGAACAUCACUCCGCCAACGGUUACCCUUCCCACGGGCCAUACUUCAAGGGAGAUCUGUAUGAAAAGCACAGAAAAACCAGUGGCAAAAGGACCCACUACUAUGAAACAUAUAUUAGGUCCGACUCUGGGGACGGCCGCUUACCCACUAUCCGGCGUGGAGAGCCUCCGAUGGAUGAGCACUACCAGGAGGAUCGCUACUCCGGAGAGCAGGAGUAUUACAGCGGGGAGGAGUGUUACGAAGAAGACAGCAUGCAUUCAGGAGAUGGGGGAUCAUAUAAGGAAUACCACGAGAGAUUUCACAACAGUGACCUUGACUAUGAAACCCCUAAAGGCUACCAUCACCCUUACGGAUACUACGAUGAGCAGGAUCAGCAGAGCUAUCACGACUCACGGCGUUCUCCGAAGAGACGGCUGCUCCCUCCCACGCCCCAAGCGAACCGGAGGCCAUCCUUUAACUUUGAGUGUCUGCGUAGACAAUGCAGCCAAGAUGAAAUCCCGCUGACUCCUGCGUUCCACCAGCGCACCGCCCUCCCGCUGCAUUUAAUGCAACACCAGGUGAUGGCUGUAGCAGGACUAGAUUCUAACAGAGCUCAAAGGCUCUCGCCCACACGGUCAACUCGCUCUUGGGCGACCCCGCCAGCCACUCCCAUCAGCAAGGAGCGCCCUCCCUACUACACCCCUCUCAUCCGCGUGGACAGACCCCACCGCAGAGACCAUGUCAACGGCAGCCUUGCAUCACUGCACAUGAGCUCCUGGUACACAGAUGACCCUGAUUAUCCCUACAAGGCAUACACGCCUGCACACUUAAAGAUCCCUUCUGAGUUUCGACAUAAAUACCAUGAAAAGAGAGGGAGCGCAGCCAGUUUGGUUGAGGCGGUAUUAAUAUCUAAAGGACUGGGAAGGUACGCGAAAGACCCAAAGUUUGUCUCGGCCACAAAGCAUGAGAUUGCGGACGCUUGCGACAUGACAAUAGACGAGAUGGAAAGCGCAGCGAGCAAUCUUCUCAAUGGCAACGUGACGACUCCCGCCAAUGGGGAAGUGUUCCCCAUUUUCAGCAGGUGGGACUAUGAGCUUCACGACUUAGGUGCUGGCUACAGCGACGAAGAACCAGACUCUGUGAAGUACGAGGAGGAUUUAGCAGACGAAAUGAUAUGCAUUACGACAUUAUAGCAUUUGCUAAAGGGAAAAAUACACGGAUUGGGUAACAAACAAAAGAAGUGCCUUGCUGGAAUAUUUUAAGUCACUAGCUGGAUCAACAGGCGAUUUGGGAAAGUUUGAUUGACGCAGCCAGUUGAAGCCAUAGAGUGCUUUGGAACCAGGUGUCUCUUUUGAUUGGGGAGAACAGACUUCCUAAUAGUUACGCUCUGAACUCUAGAGGGGAGCCUGCUUUGGUAAGGUACAUCCCCACGUGGGGUCAACAGAAGCAUGACUGCACCUUUUAAGGAAAUUAUUACAGGGCCAGGAGAGCUGAGGCAUUAGGAAAAGGCUACCUACUGAAGAAAUAGAAAACAUACAUGCAUUCUAGCAGGUGAGGUGUGUCACUGGUGAUGACAAUCAAAUAGAGAGUGUCAUUACCUCAGCCACUUUGUAAUACGUUAGCAUAUCAAGAAAAUACAUUUCCAUUGCAAAAAGACAACAGCAUAUCCACUGUAUGUGUCCAGAUAUAACCUGAAUCUUGAAAUUCUUCUAAUACUCUUCUACAUUUUUUUUUCAAAUUGUUAUUUCAAUGGCACCAUCGACAUUAGUUUUCAGUCACUAAAUGAUACCAGUUUACACAAACCAAUAUCACUUUUAUUUAUUGUAUUGUAAAGCUAUUUAGAGAUUUAGUCUGUUUCUAUGACCAUCAUAAUAAAUGCAUUACACACUGGGAAAUAAAUAAAUAAAUAAAUAAAAUAAUAUAUAUAAGGCAUUCAUAAUGCACUUGCAGCCAGGUUAAUGUUGAAUUUUAGCCUAUGUUGUUUAAUAUUUCAUAGUAGAUAUAUUACUGUACUGUACAAUUGUUAUAUAUAUAUAUAUAUAUAUAUAUAUAUAUAUAUAUAUAUAUAUAUAUAUAUAUAUAUAUAUAUUAAAAAAAAAACACUUUAUAAAGAGAUGUUCUAUAUUUUAUGGUACUGUAUUUGAAAAACAGCAGCAAUAUGGUUCUUAAUUAUUAUCAUUCUUAUCAAAUAGAUUGAUGUUAUUUUAUUAGGAACAUAGACUACUAUAGUAUAACAGCCUUUUCUUUUUGCUAAGAUGCAUUUUUAAGAAUACGUUUUAAGUCGAUGUGAAUAUAUGUUUACACAGGAUAUGCAAAGACUUGUUUUCAGCAACCAGAAUAGCUUGUUCUUUUUGCAACGCCCUAAUGUUUUCAAAAAAUUAAACAAAGUAAAACGAUUAUGAUUCUGUUUUUAAAAAACAGAAAUAAGAUUUCCUUUCAUUGUAAUGUUUAUCUCACUAUAAAAUAAAACAAAAGCAAAAUGAGGAUGCUGCUGAUUUUAAAAGCCAAAAAAUGGCAUUUCCUUUUAACAGCAUAUGAAAAAUGUUGCAAUGCUCUGUAUGCUUGUGGUCAUUUUUUGCAUAUCCUGUGCAAAACAAUUGCACUGAUUGGUUAAAGUCUCAACUAAUCUGGUGUAUUGAUGAGGCUGCUUGAUCAGACAGAUAAAGUGAAGCAAAAGUAACAUCGUUUACAGGGAUUGAAAUGUUUGACAGAAAUACCUUAAAAGUAAUCACACUUCUCUGCUUUACUUUUUAUAAUUGUCAUGUAGCAAUGCUUUCGAGGGUCUAUUUCAAAUUGCCUUUACAAAUAAAUAGUUGAUAAAAAACCUAAUUAUACUUAAAAUGGAUUCUUCUGGAGCCAAACGGAUCCAAGUUAUAAAAUGUUAUUAUAUACAGGAAAUUGCAUUGGGGUCAUGAUCAUGCACAAUAUACCUUCCUUAUCUUCAUUGUGGACCUCUACAUAAAGACUUGUACUUCCCCUGUUUACCAGCCCUUCUAGUGGUGCUUGGCCAGUGGCUGCAGGAUAUCUGAAUGUUCUUGUUUUUGAUUGUUCUAGCCAUUGUCAAUGAUCUCAUAUAAAAAGUCAAUGUUCUGUUCGUCAGUCUUGAAAAAGCAUUGCUACUGUACAACACUGCUGCACCCUAUAGGAUGACAUUGAAUUAGCAUUGCAUCCCGGCACACACGUUCACUUCCUGUCAGUAGGUACUGUCGUUUAUACAGUAUAUGAACUUUAAUGUAGAUAUUUUAAAACUGUAGGGGUGUUUAAACUGUAGUUUCAGUAAAAUGUCUAGUUUUUAUUGGAUUCAUUAGCUGGAUUUAUUCAAAUACUUGGGCAAUGGCAUACCGUAGUAUGGUAUUUUGAGAUCAAAUCCUUCAAACCCUGUAAAAUGUGAGAUGAUAAUAAGCAGUAAAACAAUAGUACCCCCGUAUCUCCAUGUUACAAUGUUCUUAAUAGUACCUCUGGAAGAGAAGACAGAAACAUAUCAGUGUUUUAAAUAACUAUUUCAAAUGUGGCAUUUUACACUGUUAAGGUAUUUUAACUAUAGUUCCCUCGACAGAACAAUCUGGACACAAACCAUGUUUGUUUACAAUCUGGAAAAAAAAUGACAUGAAAAGUUUUUAUUCAUAAGAAAAAAACAAAAAUUUGAUUUAAUAUGAAACCAUGCUUUUAAAUUCCUGACUGGUGUAGUGAAAUACCUUAAAAGUAUUUAACAAUGGAUGUGCAUACAGAAAGGGCUCUUCAACUGUUCAUGUGAAAAUGUGUUCUGGUCAAUUUUAUCUUGUGGAGAUCCGUUUCAAACACAGGCAUAUUGUACUGUACGUAGCAAGUACUGGUAUCAUCGAAUCUAAUAUGCAUUCUUUUUUGAAAAGUUCUUGUAAAUUGUGUUGAUAACUAAAGACUAAACCAAGUUACUUUUACCUCAUGUCAGGGAUUCCUGAAAACUGAAUUGUUUUAAUUCUAUACCAAUGGUAUUUAAAUCUUAGCACACAGCUGUCUGUCAUUGCACAAGUAAACGUAUAGUGAUAUUGUUUCUUACUUUCUUUUAUAUGAAAUUCCAAUCUUUGUGUAAUAAGGUGAGCUAAUUUGUACUUUCCUGUGACUGUAUGUAUGGUAUAGUGAGAUCUAUAUUUGUAUUUUAAUGCCACCUUAUGAUGCUUGGGUAUGUAAUAAACUCACCAAGCACUGGAGUUUAUUUCUCUCAUUAAACCAGUUUGCAAGUAAAGGAAUAAAACAAAACAAAAUAAUCUUGAAAAGUAAUGUAUGAGAGUUUACAAAAACACAGCGAUUUCAUCAUUUUUAAUAGCAGUUUUCAAUUAAAUAUGUAUUUAAAUAUUGUAUGGAUAAAAAAUAAUAUUAAGGUGAAAAUAAUAAUCUGUGGCAAUGUACAUGGUUGAAAAUACUACUUGUGCUCUUUAAAGUUUGUAUUCAAGGCCCCCCCCCCCCCUCCCCCUUUAUUUCUUAAACAACACUACAGUAGCAGCAUAUACUGUAUAGUACCUGGUGUUUCUUGAUUUUGUAUCAUUAGUGAUCUGUAAAGUAUUUCUUUGAAUUCUGUCCUGGAUCAAACUGUGAGAUGACAUCCUAAGAAUUCCAAUAAACACAAACUGGAUUUUUAAAUUCAGCAUGACACCGGACACACAACAGUCAAUAAUGCUACAUAGAUUAU